CAGGGGGGCGCCGCGGCGCCCUCGCCCGACGACGCGAAGAAGUUCCGGGAGACCACCGUGCGGUUCCUCGCCACGGGGAGCCUCGCUCCGAGCUCGCCCGGCGGGGCCAGGCCCGCCGGGGCGGCCGGCGCCGCCCCCGCGGCGGCGAAGCAGGGCGCGCCCGCCGGCGCCUUGAGCCUCCCCGCGUGGAUGACGAACGACCCGGCGUCGAGGGAGAUCGUCGAGGAGUGCCGGCACGGCCUGCUGGCCAUGGAGGGCUCCCUGGACGGGGCGGCCGUCGCCGAGAGCCUGUGGCAGGUCUGCGUCAAGUUCUCCGCGCGCUGGAACUACGACCCCAACGGCACCCUCACCAAGAGGAACGAGGAGCUCCAGAGGCGCGUGGCGCACCUGCAGGCGCAGUCCCUGAGGGAGUCUGCGCAGCUGCACAUCCACAUCCGGAAGAUCGAGAAGCGCUUCUCCGAGCUGCAGGCCCACGCCCAGGAGCUGGAGAAGUCUUCUCUCAUGGGCCCCGCGAUGACCAGGCACCGGUCGUCCGUGAAGCCGGCCGGGUCCUCCGCGUCGUCCGUGAAGACGACGAGGACUGCGAUGGGCUCCGUCGGCAUCGCGGGCGCCGGCAGCACGGGCCACAGCUUCUCCCCCGGUGGCCGCGUCAGCCGCGCCAACACGGGCGAGGGCGACGCGGGCGGGCUCCGGCGCCCGACGGUGCCCAACCUGCUGGAGAGCUCCGGCGGGGGGCCCGGCGGCCUGAUGGCAGCGGCGGACACCACUGGGAGCUUCGUCGGGAGCGGCAGAGGCCUGCAGGCGCCACCACCGCUGCUGGCCGCGCCAGGGGGGGGCUUCGAGCCCAUGCCCAGGCUGGAGGACGACGAGUGCAUCAGGUACAGCGUGGUGCCGGCCCAGCUGGAGGAGAUGGACCACGAGAUCUUCGAGCCCAUCUUGUCGUUCGACAAGGACCAGCAGGAGCUGAUGGUCGACCUCGUUAACGAGAAGGUUCGCCGGAUCCUGACGCUGGAUCCCUCCAAGUGGCAGAACGGCAGACUGCCUUUUGGUUUGCGCCCCGACGAUGUGACCCCCGAGAUGGCAAAUCUAGAGGCCCAGCUGGCAUCCCUGAAGGGCCUGCUCAAGGAUGCCAACGACGAGAUUGCCGAGCUGAAGGGUGAGGUCCUGUCGCUGAGCGGCCAGCUCGGAUCACGACGCAACGCAUCGAAGCAUCACGUCAGAGCGCACGGGGCGGCAGCUGCGACUAAGGAUCACGAGAAGUCGCCCCGGGCCGCGGAGCACCGCAGGAGCAGGGGGCAGCUUGAGAUGCAGCAAGAAGGCGACGACAGGGAAGGCAACGACGACCAGGCCGCGUCGCCAGCACGAGACCGCAGCAGGAGCCAGAGCCCAAGCCCAAGACCAAGCCCGGGCCGAGGAAACGGAAGGCUCAGCCCAAGCCCCAGGGCGGGCGACGUCUCGGACGACGAGCUCGCGAGUGGGCAGAUGUCGCCGACCACGGCUGCAGCCUUCGCAGGCAUGACGGAAGAGGAGCAGAAACUCCACAUGCGGAUCAAAGAGCUCGAGAACAUGCUGAAGAAGCUCGAGAAGAAGGGUCAGGACGGCGCCACCAGCGACAUCGCGAGCAGCAAGAGAGCCCUGGAGCUCGCGACCGAGGCCCUGAUGAGGCAGUCGCAGGUCAUGCACAAGGUCCUGAAGCAGGUGAGCGCCGUCGUCGCCGUCUCGAGGACCGUCAAGGAGCAGAAGGCGGACGCGAUGAUGAAGAAGAUGGGCCAGGCGGCCGAGGCCGCGGGCACGCUGCUGCCCAUCGCCCCCGACAGCUACGACUGGCGCGACACACCCCCCGACGGCUCGGCCUCGCGCUCGCGGGGGCGACCCUCGCCCGCGCCCAAGGCGAAGCGAGGCGCGCGCCCCGGCGACGGCGAGCGGAGCCCUGGCGGCCGCCCCGCGGCGGCGUCGAGCGGGGCCCCGCAGGGCGCCGCGGCGCACGCGGCGCACGGGCACGCGGCGGGCGCCGCCGAGGGCGCGCGGGGCGGCUCGUCGCCUGCGGGCUCGUCGCCCGGGGGGCCGCGGGGCCGGGCCGCUGCGCAGCAGGCGCUGGGCACGGCGCCCCUGCAGGCGCAGGCGCAGGAGCUGCAGGGGAGCGCCGCGGCGGGCCGCAAGGAGCGGCAGAGCGAGCCCGAGGCCGAGCCCACGUCGCAGCACCCCAGGGCGCAGCCCGCGCCGGGCCAGGCACUUGCCUCUGCGCAGCUCCGCGGCAGCAUGCCCGAGCUGAUGUCGGACCUGUCCGCGGAGGAGCGGCUGAUGUACCGGAGCGGGAGCUCCUUCUUCGGCUCGCGCCCAGUCUCGGGCGGCGGCAGUGCGUUCGACGGGAGCCCCUCCAUGAGCAUGCGCGGCUCCAUCUCGGGCCUGCGCAGGUUCUCCCGGCCGCCGUCCGCCGGCUACGACCGGUUCCACGGCGUGACAAGCGAGCCGUCCCCGGGGCGCGCGAGCCUGCGCCGCAGGCGCGCGCCAGCGGAGCCGGGCGAGGGCGGCGUGGCCAGGUUCCACAGCGGCACGCAGACCGACCCGUGGAACCCCGGCGAGAGCCCCAGCCCCCGGGCGCGAUUCGUCGGCA